UAGUUUGGGUUUUAACUUCCGGGUUCACAGGUGACGUAAUCACACACCUGUCAUUUAUUAAUGGUGUAACAGUUCUCGCAAGGCCUUCCAUUAACCAAAAAAAUAAAUAACUAAAUAAAAUACGUUAUUUGUUUUGCUGGAAUCACGAAGAAAAUGAAUUCCGUAGACAUUUUUCCAUUCGUCCUUGUCACGCUGCUGCUUCAUUUACUAUACGGGAGUGCAGGUGGCGUUUCCUUUUCCAUUUGCUGGCUGGACAUGAACGAUUUUCUUAAAAGUAUCUGGCUCAAUGACACAGAAUUAAAAGACAUUGAGACUUUGGGCAAGGUGACUUCACUGGCUCUACCUCCAGGUGUAGAGAACAAACUAACCCUUGAAAAUGGAGACACAAUUCACACAUGGACUUUAACUAUCUCCCCAGAUACCAUGCAAACCAAAGUCACUGGUCGACAGAAACCCCAGGAACAUCCGACAGUUACCACACAGGUUAUGCUGGAUUUGUUGGGUCCCGCUGAGGUGUUUCCGUGUGCAAAUGGCACACUCUUCUUCUACCAGGAUGAAAACGUCUUCCUGGCUUUCGGUCACUCUGUGAGCUAUCCGAUCAAGCUGCAGUCCAGGUCUUCCUCCACGUUGCUGUUCUCAUGGAGAGAGGGCCAACCAAUACCAGUCUCUUCCAGCAGCAGCACUGUGACACUGCACCGUAUUGACCAGGACUUCAGUGACAUCCAGAGCAUACUGAUGACCACCUCCAGCCAUUAUCUCUUCACGAACAUGCACUCCUGCAGCCUCUAUAUAGUAUGUGUGGACAUUGCAGAUGCCCACCUUGUCAGCUGCCUCUCUACUGUAACUGAUCCAGUUGUUCCUGUCAACUUUGAGGUUAGCUCGUGGAAUAGCACUAGCAUAUCUUUGACUUGGGACUACCCUGAGAGGUCCAGGCUCUCCUUUUUCCUGCUGACGUCCUUCCAUCUCAAUGGGACAGACCGCGUUGUGGAAGAGGUGCACACGAUGGACAAUUUUACACGGACCUUGUCUGACCUGCAACCCUGCAGCAGAGUCAGGUUUGGCCUGCAGACUGUUUGCCGGUCAGGGAGUGAGUCUCGCUACAGUGGAAUGAUCCUGAACGAUGGAAAUACUGCUCACUCCAGCAUUGAGGCCUUGCAUCUGAUAUCGUUGGGUCCCGACAACUACACGCUGGGCUGGGAGGUGAGGAACGCCUCGUCCAUCCCUAUGGUCAGGAUCUACCAUGAGGGCACCCUGCUGAGCACCACCCAUGUCACCAACUACACGGUGAAGGGGUUGCUGCCAUGCCGCCUUUACCAUGCAAGGGUGGAAGCGCUGUGUGGAGAUGGAAUGAUGCUCCCAGUACACACAGCACCUCGUGGUGUGAUUGAGCUCAGGUACCGCACAAAUGACUCCAUGGCCUUGUGGAUUCCUGGCACACACAACUCGGCUUUGGUAUUUUCAUUUGCCCUGUCCCUGGAGAAUGGCACCACGCUGCAAACGGGCAAUAUGACUGAGACGCAGCUACGUCUCCCGGGGCUGGACGAUCGGAAGGUGUACACCCUUGAAGUGUGGGAGCAGUGUGACGGGCAGUGGAAGUCAGAGCGUACUCUGUUGUGUUUCAAAGUCGAUAAUUCAACCUAUGGCUUCCUUGUCAGGGGGGCUGGACUUCACGGACAUGAAGACAAAGAAGUUCAUGCGAUCAGAGUCGUCAUGCCGGGUUCCCUCCCGGAGGACAUGGAGGAUGAGUUGUCCGAGGCAACAGCCGCAAUGGUGGAGAGUGCCCAAAAUAUGUUGGAGUUGUUGUUGAGUGAUUUCCAUCCGGCAGUCCGUGUUGAGCUGGCUUCCAUAGAACCUGCAGCCGAGCCAAACAAAACGGAGGUUCUUUUGAUGCUUUUUGAUGCGGCCCAACAAGAAGACUACAUGCCUCUGCCAGUUCAACUUCACAUGGCUUAUAUUGAAUCUCUACACAGUACUAACAUCUCAGUUAGAGAUGGGGUUCUUUUUUGGGACGGUCCAGAUCUUUGUGCGUCACAAGCCCAAUCGUGCCCCCAGAAUGCACAGUGCGUCAACACUUUGGGUUCAUACCACUGUGCAUGCAAUACAGGCUACUAUGAUGUGGGCGCUGUGCUUCAGCCACCUGCACCUUCCCAGCGUAUCUGCAACGAGAAAGGCCUUUUCAGUCAGUGCCUGGAUACGGUGAUGACCGGUGGAGUCGCCAAACCCUACCUGACCUCUUACAUUGGAGGGAAGGUGGACGUGACGCUGAACGAUGGGAGAUGUGCAGUGGAGGAAAGCGGGUUGAUGUACCACUUCCACACCCCCAGAAUUGCCUCGGAAUGUGGGACGCAGAGGCGCCUGAAUAAAACUCACAUUGAGUUUCAAAACACCCUCACUGUGACGUUGACCAAGGACGAAGCCAUCAGCCGGAGGGAUCUGAAAGUUGUGUGGAAGUGCGUCUACCCGCUACAUUAUGUUCACAAUGCCCAUGUUGGCGUUGAUUUGAAGUGGCUCUCUGCCUACUCUCUGGUGGAGUUCAACGCUUCUCUGCAGCUGGGCUUGACCAUGAAGCUGUUCAGAGACGUGUCCUAUAGCAGCAGCUUUCAUGACUUUGUGGGUAUGGAGCCAGAAGACACGCUGUUCUUUGAGGUUGCCCUUGAUACCAACAACUCUUUUGCCUCAAAUGUCCUGGUGCACGUGGAGUCCUGCUGGGCUACGGAGAGCUCCGAACCACAGGGUGACCUUAAAGGCAUUUUUCUUCAGGAUGGAUGUUCCAUUGACCAGACGUUCCGGUGGGUUUCUCCUAACAGCGUGGAUCAGAAAAGCAGAUUCAGCCUGCAAAUGUUCCAUAUGCCUGAAGAACUGCCCCUUUAUUUCCACUGCUUGGCCAGCGUAUGUGGACAUAAAGACAACUGCACAAAGAACUGCACCAACCAUCAACGCGUCAAGAGAGAAAGCAAUCAGAUAAUGGACACAAAGUGGAAACAAGCUGCUGUGGUGUCCGCUGGACCUUUGAUGGUCAGCCGGGGGAUGUCAGGUGUCCGGCCGUCUUCUUGGACGGAGCAUGUGACAAUGAUCUUCGUUGUGGUGGGUCUAGUGAGCAUUUUGGGAGUAACACUACUAUCAGUGAGUGCAACCAAAGCCAUCACAACCUUUUAUGACAGACCACGGCUGAAAUAAAGUGUUUUUCUCUUCUCGUG